UACUCGUACCCCUAUCCCUAACCGGCGCCGCUAUCCGCUUGGUGGCCCUGUUUUUGGCUAAUUAUAUAGCGAGACCUGAACAUGGAAACAUCGCCAGCAGCAUCCGCCGCUGAAGAGGCUGCGGUCGUAGUAGAACCUCCUGGCCAGCAACAAGCUGUAGUCCAGGGCAGACCACCACCCCGCAUCACGUUCAGCGAUAAUUCCAGCUCUUUGAUCCGCUGCAUACCUAACGAACGGGCUACAUUCUUUGUGAAAAUCGACUGCGAUGAGGAUGAGGAGUCCGAAUUGUUGCCCUUCAAAUUCGAAUGGAGCCGGGGAGAAAUACCCAUUGAGAACUCCGAUCGCUUUCGGAUAACACAAACCAGCAAUGCCGUUCAGCUCGCCGUAGAGCAUGUGCAGCGGGAGGAUGCAGGACAUUACACGCUGUUCGCACGAACGAAAAGCAACGAUGUGGUGCGCAGGCACGUCGAACUCAUUGUCGAGGACAGAUCGACCGGAGACGAUCCGCCUGUGUUCCUGCGGCGCCUGGUCGAUCUCUCCGUCAAAGUGGGCACACGAACUCGCCUCCUAACCGAAAUACGCAGCUCAACAGAUCUAAAGCUAACAUGGUAUAGAAACGACAGGAGAGUGUGUGAGAAUGAUCGCAUCACAGAGAUCAACGAGGGCACGUUCCACUACUUGGAAGUGAGCCCCGUGACACUGGAUGAUGGCGGGCAGUGGAUGCUGAUGGCGGAAAAUUUUGGCGGGCGCAACUCGUGUCUGGGCACUAUAAAUGUGCUUGUUCCCAAAGCGUACAAGACACCCGAGUUUGUGGAGGAGCUGCGAGCCGUGCUGACUGAACAAGGAACUGUUUCGCUAGAGUGCAAGGUGGUGGGGGUUCCCACGCCGCAUUUGCGCUGGUUCAAGGACUCCAAGGAGAUCAAGGCUGGCGAUAUCUUUGCACUGACCGCCAAUGCCGAUGAUCCCACAUCGCUUGGAACGUACACCUGCGAGGCGAGAAACUGCAUGGGCGUCAACUAUUCCAGCUCCAAGGUUCAUGUGGUGGGACGCGGCAGUCGGGAGGGUUCUCUCAAGCCAGCGGACAACGUAUCGAGCAAUGCGCCGCCUCCGAUAUUCACAAACGAACUGAGGGACAUGAGCAUCCACAUCGGCGAGACAAUCAUUCUCGGCUGUCAAGUGGUGGUGCCGCCCUGGCCCAAGAGCGUCAGUUGGUACAACACCGAUGGACGUGUGGAGACCGCCGAACGGUAUAAACUGAUCGAGGAUGGGCUGGGCGUUUACAUGAUCGAGAUAAAGCCAUCGGAAUCUUGCGAUGCCGGGGAAUGGAAAUGUGUAGUCACCAGCUUUGAAGGCUGUGUGGGCAUCUCCACCUGUUCGGUUAACAUGGACAUUCCCAGAAAUUAUCGCAAGCCGCGGUUCAUGGAAAGUCUUCGCGCCGUUCUUACUGAAGAGGGACUCGUCUCCUUCGAGUGCAAAGUGGUGGGCUUCCCAACGCCAGUGCUCAAAUGGUUCAAGGAUGGCCACGAACUGAAGCCCGGCGAUGUGUACCAGCUGACGGGAACCAAUUCAUUGGGCACCUAUUGCUGCAUUGCCCGCAACUGCAUGGGAGAGACAAGCAGUACGGCUGUACUCACCGUAGAGGACAUACAGAAUCAACUCACCGACGAGGAGCGCAUGGUGUUCACGCAACAGAACCAGGCACCCAAGUUCCUCACGGGCCUGAAGAGCACAGAUGCCAAAAUCAACGAACCCUUCCAGUUUAAGGUUGUGGUGAAGGCCACACCGGAUCCCAUACUGUCCUGGUUCCGGGAUGAGCUGCCAAUCGAUCCGAACGACAGAUACAAUCACUAUCGCGGGGAGAGCGACGACUGCUGGCUGCUGGACAUCAAGGCAGUCGAGUUUGUGGAUCAGGCCGAGUGGAAAUGUGUUGCCGUCAAUGAUUUUGGCACCAGCAUCACCUCCUGCUUCCUGAAACUGCAGAUACCGCGGCACUACAAGAAGCCUCGCUUCCUCGAGUGUCUGCGAGCGGUGCUCACCGAGGAGGGAGCCGUGAAUCUCGAGUGCAAGGUCAUUGGCGUGCCCCAGCCCGUGCUCAAGUGGUACAAGGAUGGGGUGGAGCUGAAGCCCGGCGAUAUACAUCGAAUCAUCUCUGGGCAGGAUGGCACUUGCUGCCUGGGCACGUACACAUGCGAGGCCAGGAAUUGCAUGGGUAUCGUCGCCAGCUCUGCAUCACUGCUAGGCUUUGAGGAUGCCCAAAGGGGUCAGGGCAAGACCCAGAGCCAGAAGAGUGAAUCGCCGCUGCACGAAAACGAAUUGCAGCGGAACUACUCACUCUCCACCAUUCAGGAGGAGCGCACAUCCCAGAUGUAUGAGACGCCCGUUGGCGACAUAACCAUUGACGAGAAGGGCGAUGUGUCAUUCUCCUUCGAUGGCAAAGAGGUCUCCGUUUCGCUCUACGAAACGCCCGACCUCACCGAGGAGGAGGCCCUCAAGAUUGUGGAAAUGUAUGCAGAUCAAAUAUCCGAGCAUGUGACGGAGCACAAUAUCGUUGAGCUGCCACCGCUACGAUUUGUCAAAGAGACUUCGCAGUCGGGCAAGCUGCUUAUGGAAGCUGUUGUCAUUGACAUAGCUCCCGAGUACUUCAGCCACGAGGAGGAUCUUCGCACCGAGGCGGAUAUGGAUGACAUAUCGAUAACAGAGAUUACAGUGCAUGGCUCGUCCGGAAGGGAGGAAAAGGUGGACAAGGAGAUGCAGCAAUAUGUGCAGCAGUCCUUUGAGAAGAUGGAGGAGGAACUGUCGCUUUCUGCGCCCAUACGGAAGCGCAAGAAGUCAAGACCCACGGAGACUGACGAGUUCUUCAGCCUGUCGAAGGCCUCGGCUUCGGGCAGCCAGGAAGGAGAGGAGGAGACAUCGGAUCUGCAGACCUUUGCCAGUGCGCAAAUGUCCACAUCGCAGAAGGUGGCCACCACCUCAGUCUCUAAGGCCAGUCCAGAGCAGGACCCAGAGUCAUUGUCGGUGCCAAAGAGGAAAAAGUCCAAGAAGCCAUCAGCCGACAGUGAUUCUUCCAAGACCAACGAGGAUGAGGCCCGCCUGCAGGACAUCUCCGGUGCAGUGGGUGAUGGUCUAUUGAUGACCCCAAAGUCCCACCCAAAAGCAGUCACCGACGAGAGUGAAAUCAGUCGAAAUCUUAUGGCCCUCGUGCCACUGGCCAAGCUUCUCAAGGUAAUCGAGAAGCAUCUGACGGUAGUGGAGAACGAGGUGGUCGAGCAGUCCACAAUGAUGAUGACGGCGGCUGCUGCAGAUCAGAGCAUUGCCAUCAUCCGCAACAUUAUUGAUCCUAUUAAGCAGAUAGAAUCGAAGCUACGCGUCUACUCUGGCGAGACACAGAUCGAUGGCCUCAUCCAGUCCAUGGACGAGGACAUACGCAAACUCCACAUGGGCCUGCAGGUCAUUGAGAAGUGUGUGGAGAUCGAUGAGACUGGGGCAACGCUUAUUCAGCGCACCAGUGUCUGCAUCAUUGACAGUGUGGCCGAUCAAAUGAAGCGGGCCCUCGAGGAGUUGAAAAUCGUCAGCAGGCGGUUCGAGUCAGAGUGCCUGAGGGCACAGAUAGAACUCACCGCCGAUGACAUACAGCAGGGACUGGACAUCACACAGGGCACCAUCAGAUCACAGGCACUACUGCAGGAGGCGCAGGAACUGGAGGCAGCUAAGCAUUUCACCGAAGCCGUUGAGAAGAUGCAGGAUAUGCCCGACUCUGUAUCCUUUGCCACCAUAUCGGAGGCCAAUUUGCCCAGCGAAGCGAGCGCCUUGAAGGAGAUUUGCCAGCCAGUGGCCAGGAUACAGGAGGCACUGGAACGUGUCGAGUUAGAGCUGUCGCUGGAGGAGUCAGAGGAGCAAAUCUACAAGAAAGUUCACCAGAAAGUGCUCGAAAGCAUUGUGGAGCCCAUCAAGCAGCUGCAGAGCACCCUGCACUCCAUCGAAGACAAGACGGAAUCACUGGCAGGAACCGAAUCGAUGGAACAGAAGAUCAAUAUGGCCAUCCUUGACAUUGUUACGCCGCCACUGUUCGAGCUCAACAAGGGACUCGAGGUGAUACUCAACGAGAAAUCAGACAGUGUGGAGGGGGGAAUGCUGACGGUUAGCACCGUGGAAUCGAUGGUGCCGCCCCUGCAGGAGAUACAGAAUGGCCUGGCGCAGCUGGGACAAGAUCUGGAAAGUGGUCAGACCGUAAUGGCUGAUGCGGCAGAGCAAGAGCUGCGAUCCGAGCCAGCUCUGGAUGUGGCCGAUACGCAAAAGCUACUGCAGUCCUUUGCCCAGGCAGUCUUGCAUUUUGAAACGAACAUCGAGAGGAUUUCACCACGACUAUCGUCGAAUGUGAAAAUUCGCUUGCUUAAUCUGAAGGAUGAGCUAUCGGCACUGAUUGGCACCAUCUUGGACAGAGAGAUAACCGGGCAUCACGUGGAGCUGCUCGACAGACUCAAGCGUCCGGUGGAUGAACUCAACUACUGCAUUCGUCAGACGGAGGUCAAGACUAUUUCCGGCUCGCUGGCAGAUCUAAUUGAACCGCUAAGCAUGUUGCAGGAUAACACCCAGAAGGGCCAUGGCCUGCUUCUUACUGCCCGGGAGCCUGAUCAACAGGCCCUGCAGUCGCUCGACAACAUCAGAAGCAUUAUUCGCAACGCAGUCAUUGACAUUGAAGAGCACGAGUUUAAGAUUCUUCAGCAGGAGAUUCAGCUGGAUGAACAGCAGGCCUCGCAGCAGCAGCAGGACAAAUCGUUUAGCGCGCUACGGAAGGUGCUCGAGACAAAAGUCUCCCUGGAUGAGACCAUCGCAAAUCUUGAAACUCUGCAGGUGGCAUUAAACAAAAUGAGCGAAAGCCCCAAGGCCACGGAAUCUGUCAAGUUAUCCGCAAACGAAGCUCAAGUGUCGCUUUUGCGGAUCCUUCAGAUUGCCAAGGGGCUGGCUACCUUCAGCGAGGCAGAGACAACGCUCGACGUGAACGAAGCCAACACAUCCAGAGUCCUGUUCGAGUGUGGCAAAAGCUUUGCCGAUUUGGCCAGGGCACUUGAUAAUCCAGCAGCUCAGUCGGAAGGAGACUUCCAGAAUGCCCUUCAUCAGUUUAGCGAAAUCGUUGGUCAACAGCAGCAGAGCACAGAGGAAAAACUCAGCAUAGCCGGUCCGCUGUCAAGCCUGAUCCACGUUCUCGAAAGGGUACACCCCUUGAGGGCGUCUGUGGAAGAUUUAUCGGAAACAUUGGACGAUGUCUCAGUGCUAAAAUCGAUAGCAGAGUCAUUACCCGCAGAGUCCGAAGCAGAGCCCAUUAGUACCGAGAAACCAUCGACAGAUGUUGGAGCCUUGCUCGCGGACCUAAACCAUGGAAUAACCUCAGUUCUAUCCCAUUGUGAAGACGUUGAUGUGACUUCUCUAGCCAGCAAGGUUGGCCAACAGAUCCAUUCAGCCAUAAUUAAAAUGCAGGAACUGCAGAGCAGCAUAGCUCUGGUGCAGGAGACAAACCUCGUGGAGGCUGCUCAUUCUUUUUCGGAUUCCAGUUAUCAGGGCACUUUUGCCGAGGCCCUUUGCAGCCUGGAACGCUGUGUCCUGCAUGUGGAGGAGUGUAUUGCCCACAGUGGGGUCGAGAAUAUCAGUGAUCUAGAACUGUCGAAGCUUCAGACAUUGGCCACACCACUUCGUGAUGUAAGGGAAUACUGUGAACAGCUCGAUACCCACGUGCUGGAGCAGGCCAUGGAUAUAUCCACGCAGGAAGACAUUUCGGACCUUAAGACCAGUGGACACAAGCACACCGUUUCGGAUAACAUCCAAGAGGUAGCUGUCGUAGAAGCAGAGCCAACGGUAGAGAUGUUCGAUAUACAGCAAGGUGUGGCGAGUGGCAUCAAGCAGCUCGAGGCCUGCCUGGUGGUCACGCAGACCGAUGCCAGCGAAGAACUCCAGCAAGUGGGUGAAAUAAUGGAGCAGCUAAAGUCCGAUCUGGAAAGCAUUCAAGCCUCCCUUGUGUCGGGCAACGAUCAGCAGGAAACUGUCUUGGCUCAGGCGAAAAUUGCACGCACCAUGUUCAAAUUGAAGGAGUGUCUAGUGCAUACCUAUGAAUCGGGACUGGUUGACUCUUUGGAGAAUGUGGAGAGUGCUUUCGAGGACAUACUACUCUCCUUGCCAGUACUGGAGACACAAUUGGCCGAGGAAAUGUUUGGCAAAAUCGAGCAAGUCUUCGAGAACUUCGUGGCCCAUUGCCAGAGUGCAGAAGCAGUGGAACUCAUCUCCCUGAAUGCACCUAUUGGGAACCUUCUGCAGUCCAUAGAAACUGUGGCCGUUCAACCCAACGUUGAUGUUGAAAAGUCAUCUGCGGUAGUGGUUCAGCUUCAGACUAGUCUGAUGACUGCAUUUAGAAGUCUCAAUGAGGUUAGCGAGGGGGCCAGCAAUGAGCUAUUGGGGCGCCUGCUCAAAACCCAGAGCAGCCUAGUGACCGUCUUUGAUUUUAUUGAGAAUAGCGAGAACUCGAUUCGCAUUAUCGAAUUGCUUCAGGAAAUUGAUUCCAUUACUGGAGACCUAAAGGCCCUUUCUCUUAUUCCAUUCGAACAGACGGUGCCCAUUGACAUUGGCAUGAUCAUCGAAAACGUAUCGUCAGGUAAAGCCUUCCUAACAGAAAUCGAGGAGGGACUGCAGGCCAACAAACCCCAAAGCAUCCUGCUUCUUGACGAAAACACGGAGGAUAUUGCUCAGUUGGAAGCAACACUCAUUCAAAUUGAGAAAGAAAUCCUUUCUCAGCCUCAACUAACGCAGAUAACAGCACAGCAAUUCACUCUCAUAGAAACAGUGCAGCUGCAACUGAAUAAUCUGAAGGAGAAGCUAACUGAACUGAAUGUUUCACUUGCCGGACUUCAAGCAGAGCCCGAAUCGGCCCAUGAAGCAGACUUGAACGAAGAGAUAGAGGACCUUCGAGAAGACACUGAACCCGAAGCUAAGAAAGCAAAGGCUCUGGAGAAGCAAGAACUCGAAGAGAAACAACUGGAAGAUAAGAAACAGAAGCAAGCUGAGAAGGAUGCUGAAAAGAAGUCCCAGAAGGCCGAAGAGUUUGAGAUUGUUUCUGAAAAGAUAUCAGAAGAAAAGAUUGAAGAAAGCCUGAAGGCUGAUGUCAAGGAUUCCGAGGCUACAGCAAAGAAAGCAAAGGCUCUGGAGAAGCAAGAACUCGAAGAGAAACAACUGGAGGAGAACAAAUUGAAGCAAGCUGAGAAGGAUGCUGAAAAGAAGUCCCAGAAGGCCGAAGAGUCUGAGGUUGUUGCUGAAAAGAUAUCCGAAGAAAAGGUUGAAGAAAGCCAGAAAGCUGAUGUCAAGGAUUCCGAGGCUAAAGCCAAGAAAGCAAAGGCUCUGGAACAACAAGCACUUGAGGAGAAACAACUGAAAGAAAAGAAACAGAAGCAGGCUGAAAAGGAUGCCAAAAAGAAGGACCAGAAGGCCGAAGAGUCUGAGGUUGUUGCUGAAAAGAUAUCCGAACAAAAGGUUGAAGAAAGCCAGAAAGCUGAUGUUAAGGAUUCCGAAGCUAAAGCCAAGAAAGCAAAGGCUUUGGAACAACAAGAACUCGAGGAGAAACAACUGGAAGAGAAGAAACAGAAGCAGGCUGAACAGGAUGCAGAAAAGAAGGCUCAGAAGGCAGAGGAAUCUGCGGUUGCUGCUGCAGAAAGCAAGAAGGCGGAUGUCAAAGAUUCCGAGGCUAAAGCCAAGAAAGCAAAGGCUCUGGAACAACAAGAACUCGAGGAGAAACAACUGAAAGAAAAGAAACAGAAGCAGGCUGAAAAGGAUGCCAAAAAGAAGGACCAGAAGGCCAAAGAGUCUGAGGUUGUUGAUGAAAAGAUAUCCGAAGAAAAGGUUGAAGAAAGCCAGAAGGCAGAUUUCAAGGACAUCGAAGCUAAAGCCAAGAAAGCAAAGGCUUUGGAACAACAAGAACUCGAGGAGAAACAACUGGAAGAGAAGAAACAGAAGCAGGCUGAACAGGAUGCAGAAAAGAAGGCCCAGAAGGCAGAGGAAUCUGCGGUUGCUGCUGCAGAAAGCAAGAAGGCGGAUGUCAAGGACUCCGAAUCUAAAGCCAAGAAAUCAAAGGCUCUGGAGAAGCAACUGGUGGAUAACAAACAGAAGCAGGCUGAAAAGGAUGCCGAAAACAUGUCCCAGAAGGCCGAAGAGUCUGAGGUUGUUGCUGAAAAGAUAUCUGAAGAAAAGGUUGAAGAAAUCAAGAAGGCUGAUGUCAAGGAUUCCGUGGCUAAGGACAAGAAAGCAAAUGCUCUGGAGAAGCAAGAACUCGAGGAGAAGAAACAGAAGAAGGCUGAAAAGGUUGCCGAAAAGAAGACCCAGAAGGUAGUAGAAUCUGAGGUUGCUGCUGAAAACAUAUCUGAAGAAAAGGUAGAAGAUAGCAAAAAGAUCCCUGAAGACAAUAUUGUUGAAGAGAGAAAGUCACAGCGCGAUGUUGAGAGAAAUCUAAGAGUGGAACAACCUUCCGACGCCAUUAGUAUGCGAUCGUACAAAUCAAUGGAUUCCGAGUACAAGGAUAAAAAGGAAUCGCGCAGUGCUAAGCGUAAGCCCACCGUAGACAUCCAGCUAACCAAUCGGAACACGGCAACCGGCAGUGAUCUUAAGCUGACUUGUGGACUAUCUGGACACGAGAUGAGGGUGGAGUGGUUCAAGCAGAACACUCCGAUUGAUAAUGGAGUCAAGUACAGGAAAACAUUGAACGACGGCCUCUCGUGCCUUGAAAUUAAAUCGGCCGAGCUGAGUGAUUCUGGCAUCUAUCGCUGCAUAGCGUCCAACCAAAAUGGAGAAGUCGAAACGAGCUGUCUUGUGACUAUAUACGAAGCACCUUCGAGCAAAUUUGGCACACCGCCAAUAUUUACACGCAACAUUCGAGAUGCGUACCAUUCCCAAGGCAAUAGCCUCACGCUGGAGUGCAAAGUGUCGGGCAGCCCCAAGCCACACAUCUACUGGCAGCGGGACAACACGCUGCUGCCACUGGAGGGUGGCAAGUACCAGUAUGCAGAGCAGAGCGACGGCGUGAAGCUCCUGACUAUUACACGCUUUGGCAGCAACGACUCUGGCCUGUACACUUGCUAUGCUGAGAGCGAGAAUGGUCAGAUGAAGAUCAGCAAGUUCGUGCAGGCCUCCGACUAUGUGCGCGAGCGAGCGGCUGACAAGAAACCAAUUGAUAUGGUUAUUCAGGAGAUCAAAAGGGAUGAUGAAUCCUCCUCCACUACGGCUGCCAGUGACAAUGCGGCAGCCAAGGCCAAGGCACGCGAGGCGAAGCUGCGCCUCAGCCUGGAGACCAGCCUGAAGACCAUGACCAUCGGCACUGGCAACAAGGCGCAGAUGAUUUGCUAUGUGACCGGCUUCAUCGAGGAUGUGCACUGGUUGCGCAAUGAUGAGCGAGUGACAAAGGAUGCCCGGCACAAGAUCUACAACAUAAACGGAGCCAUCAGCCUGGAGAUCUACGAUGCGCGGGUCGAGGACAGUGGCCACUACAGAUGUGUCGUAAAGAACAGCAAGCAGACCGUGGAGAGUGCGGGACAGCUCAGUGUGUUGGAUCAGAGUCACGGACAGCUGCCGGAGAGCUUCUCCAGUGGCAUAACAGAGUCCUACGAUGCGCAAAGGAAUGAGAUUGUGCUCAGCUGUCAGGUGCAUGGACGACCCAGUGUCAGUUGGAUGCGCGACGAUCACACAAUCUGCAACAAUCGCUACAAGACAAUGGAGGAGCCCGGCGGAGUGCGUAAGCUGAUCAUACGCAAUCCCAUAUCCUCGGAUUGCGGCAUCUUUGCCUGCUAUGCGGAGCACGAGGAACGUAUCGAUUCGAUCAGCACCACCAUUAGAGCCGCUGCCCUUAAGCGCCUCAUCACUGUCAGUGCAGAGGAUGCAUUGGCCAAUUCUGAUCAGGAUUUGUCCAGUUGGUCACGCAGCACAUCGUAUUUAAGCACAACAGCUGCGCAGGUCAAUGGUAAUGGAGAGCUUCAUCGCGAGGGAGAUCGCAUCAGUCGCAGCGUGGGCAAAGCCAAGCCGCUCUUCCACGCUCUGCUGCACGAUCGCACCGUUUCCGAGGGAGCCACUCUACGGCUUCUGUGCGCAGUUUCGGGCGAUGAGAACACACACAUUGAGUGGCUAAAGAAUCACAAACCGCUGCCCAAGGACACGCGCUAUCAGACGCUCUACCAGAACGGCGAAGCCUCCCUGGAGAUCUUUGCAGCCGUGGCCGAUGACAGCGGCAACUACACCUGCUGUGCCAGCAACGAUUUCGGCGAGAGUCUCACCCACGCCCAGUUGCGUGUCUACAAGCACUUCAAGGAAGCCUCACAGCCAAGUACAUUUACGCAGUCAAUCCGAGACACAUAUUCUCUAAACGAGAAUGAGUUGGUUCUGGAUUGUCGCGUGCGUGGCAAGCCACGCCCCGAGAUUGUGUGGAUGAAGGGCACCGAGAUACUGAACAACGAUGGCAAGUUCGUGAUGAGCGACCAGGCUGAUGGCUAUGCCAAGCUGGUCAUUAACAGCCCCACCGAGAAGGACUCUGGCGUGUACACGUGCGUGGCCCGCAAUGAGGGAGCCGAGAACAAGAUGUCUCAUCAGGUUGACUUCAAGGGACGCGAACGGUACACACAGGAGAAGACGUCAGGCUUCUACCAUCGUGACCCCAACAAGCCGCACUUCCUCAUGCCGCUGGGCAACCAGACCGUCUGCGAUGGCGGCACUGUGGCCAUCUCAGCCGAGUUCAUGCAGACAACCACACCCCUCGAGGUAAAAUGGUUGCGCGACCGCCAGGUGGUCGAAGGACCCAAUGUCCAGACGCUGGCUGAGCGCGGUGUCUACACGCUGACCAUCAUGAAAGCUGGAUCCGAGGUUGAGGGCACGUACACCUGCCGCGCUUCGAAUGCAUACGGACGCAUCGAGUCGCAUGUCAAUAUCGAUGUGGCUGUUGGUGCACCCAAGGAGGAGCGACCACCGCUGUUCCUGUCGCGCCCAGAUACCGAAAUGAAGAUUGCCGUGGGUGAUCCCUUCUCGUUUGCCUUCCGCAUUGCCGGCGAUCCAAAACCAAGGCUCACAUUCAUGAAGGGCACCAAGGACAUCACCCAAUCGGAUCGUGUCAGCCAAGAGGUAUCCGAUGACUACACCAGAUUCACAGUGCAGCAGGCCCAAAUCUCCGACUCGGGCACAUAUUUCGUUGUGGCACGUAACAACUUUGGCACGGACAGGAUAUUUGUUACCGUCACGGUAAACCCACGCGCACGCUCAGCAACGCCAACGCAACCACGCUGGGGCCUACCCCUGGACAGUUACAGCGACACAUCGUAUUUCAGAGAUCCACCUGGCUGCAUAUCCACCGAGCCGCUGGUCGUUGACUCUGGACCCUCGCACAUCUCCCUGUCAUGGGGAAAGCCGGUGAGCGCCAACUCAGCUCCGGUUAUUGCCUACAAGGUGGACGCUUGGAUUGUGGGCCACGAGGGUGGCGCCUGCUGGCGAGAACUCGGACUGACACCCAUCAACUCCUUCGACGCUUUCAAUCUGAAGCCCAAUCUGGAGUAUCACUUCCGUGUGACGCCCAAAAAUCGCUACGGCUGGGGACCGGCUGUGCAGACGAGCUCCACUCUGCAGGUAGGCGGCGUCGAGUGCCUGCCCGAGUUCGUCAAGAUCCUGCCCGGCCAGGUGAAGGCCUUGCUUGGCGCCUCCUUCACGCUGCAGUGCAACAUGCGAGGAGCCCCACGGCCGCAGAUAACUUGGUACAAAGAUGGCAUUCAACUGAGCAGCAGCUCGGAGCGCGUGCGGAUACGACAGAUUGGCUCUACCUGUGCCCUGACUAUACCCACGGUCAGCGAUCUGGACUCGGGCCGCUACACCUGCGAGGCGACCAAUUCCAAGGGCCGCGUCUCCACCUUUGCACGGCUGCAGGUUGUUUCCGAUUCGCGGCUGUACGAGGCGGAUUCCCGCCUGAAGGAAAUCGCGCACGGGCGCAAUGUGGCUGAGGUGGGCGACUCGUUGCCCAUCUUCACUAUGCGUCUGAGGGAUCGUCGGGUACAGGUCACCUAUCCAGUGCGUCUCACCUGCCAGAUUGUUGGCUAUCCCGUGCCGGAGAUACUCUGGUACAAGGACGAGGAGCUAAUCAACGCUGACAGGCGUCAUCUAAUCACAGCCGAGGGGCAGUUCUUUACUCUGGAGAUUGCAGCCACAACACUGGACAUGAGCGGCACCUACACCUGCCUGGCCAAGAACGAGCUGGGCUCCGUUUCCUGCCACUGCAAUCUGGUGGUGGACAAAGGCAUUCGUGCCUACAUCUCGCCCGACUUUUAUGUGCCCCUCGAUCCGUUCUAUAUGUUCCCCGAGGGUUCAGAGAUACGCCUGUCCACCAAGGUGGAGGCCUACCCAGCAGUGGGCGUUACCUGGCAUCGUAAUGGCAUGCGGCUGCGCCCCAGUCGUCGCCUGACCGCCACUCUGGACAGCAAUGGUUACGUUGAGCUGAUCAUUGCCGAGGCCACAGUGCGGGAUGCUGGCAUCUAUGUGUGCGUGGCCUCCAAUGUGGUCGGCAAAGUGGAGACCAUUUGCCGCGUGGCCAUCGAAGAGGAGGAGCACACAAUGGUGCAGCAGCGUUCAAUGGAAAUACCCAGCAUCAAGACUGACGAUUUGCCUUACUCCAAGGAACCUCUGUUUGUGGUAAAGCCACGUUCCAGUGAGGCCUACGAGGGUGACAAUGUCAUCAUAUUCUGCGAAGUAGUUGGCGAUCCAAAGCCCGAUGUGGUUUGGCUGCGUGAUUUUCUGAAUCCGGAGUACUAUAAGGACGCGCCACAUUUCCGCAGGAUUGGCGACGGACCAGAGUAUAGACUGGAGAUACCAAGCGCCAAAUUGGACUUUACCGGCACCUACUCUGUCAUAGCCAGCAAUUGCCAUGGCGAGGCCAAGGCUGUAAUAUCGCUACAAAUAUUUGCCAAAGAUAUACUUAAAGAUAGCCGCAUGGAUAAGGUUCACACGCGACAUGGCAACAUCGAGACACUCCCGCGAUUCGUCAGAAACUUGAGAAAUUUGCGGUGCUGCGAUGGCGACGCCAUUACACUGGAGUGCCAUGUGGAGGCCAUGCCCGAGCCGUACAUAAUCUGGGAGAAAGAUGGCCAUGUGGUGCCCGGCGACAAGGACUACGUGAUGUCGUAUGACGGCACAAAGGCCAUUCUGAGCAUACCCCGCGUCUAUCCCGAGGAUGAGGGCGAGUACACUUGCGUGGCCAAGAACUCGGUGGGACGGACGCUCUCGUCGGCCUGCAUUAUCGUGGAUGUGCCCGAGGAGAAGGAGAACAUGCUGAGUCGCCAACUGACGCGGCCAAGCGGCCUGCUCUCGGCCCACUCGACGCCCCGCUCCACGCCACGAUCGACGCCCAAUCGAAGCUUCUCGCCCAUGCGACGCUUGUCGUACCGCACCAGCAGCAUCGAUCUGUCUGGGGUGGCGGAGCGGCGACGCAGCGAUGCCCGAAAUGCCUUCACAGCUCCCAAAUUCCUUGCCAUUCCCUACAACCGCGUCGUCGAGGAGGGUGACAGCGUGCGCUUUCAGUGUGCCAUCGGGGGCCAUCCCACUCCGUGGGCCACCUGGGACAAGGACGGACUGAUUGUGACACCCACCACACGCAUAGCUGUGAAGGAAGUGGACGAUCUGCGCUUCAUUGAGAUCGAUGAGGUGGGCUUUGACGAUGCGGGCCUCUACCGCAUCACUCUGGAGAACGACUUUGGGCGCAUUGAGGCCACCGCACGGCUGGACGUCAUUCGAAGCUCUCGCUAUUCCAAGUCCCCCUCUGUGCGUAGUGUUCGGGCCUCCUCCUCCCGCCGCAAUGCCUAUCUACAUAGACGCAUCAUGGGUCCAUCCACAGCCAUUGGCGGACGCAUGGCACUGGCAAGUGGCUAUCGAGGUUCCUCGGUGCCCUCGGUGCGUUUCUACCACAACAACGUGGAGCUAGAGCCCACGGACCGAGUGCACAUUCUGCUGCAGCCGGAGGACUCAAUGGCCAUGCUCAUCGUGGACAAUGUGACGCACGAGGACGAGGGCGUCUACACCUGCAUCAUAAGCGGCGAUCAUGAUCCGUUGAUCAGUGCCACGAGCGUUACCUUCCACGAACCCAACACUGAAGUGUCGGAGCGUCGCGCCGUCAUUGCGCAGCCCCUGGCCGAGAUUACCAAAGCAGUGGAGGGCGAGGCGAUCGAUCUGUGCUGCACCAUCGACUGCGACCAGCCCUACAGCUACCUUUGGCUACGUAAUGGGCAAAUUCUACCAGAUAGUGACGAGUUCAACUACAUUGAUCACGGCAAUGGUUGCCUCUGCCUGCGCUUGAACGAUCCAUUUGACAUUGACUCGGGCACAUACAGCUGUCAGGUGUUUACGUCCCCCAACGAAAGCACGGACAUGAUCCAUAACAACUCCACCUUGGACUGCAGCUACGACUGCAGCAGUAGCGGGGAAUUGUGCGUCUUAGAGCGUGAUCUGUCCCAAAACGACCAAGAGUGCAUCCAACUACUGAAGACACCGCUGCCCGUGGUCUGUGGUGCGGGGGAGGAGGCGCUUUUCUAUGCGCGUGUUUUCCCCUGCGAAGCGGAAGCCGUCUGGUAUCUCAAUGGAAAGCCGCUCACCGAAGAUAUGGAUGACUCACUAAACAUGACGUUGGAGUCGUAUCCAGAGAACGGCAUUCGCGUGCUGCGCCUGCGAGACGUGCAGCCCUCACAGAGCGGCGAGAUUCGGCUGCAAGUGAAGCAUCCACAGACGGAGCGGCGCAUACCCACUGCACGGACAUACACCAGUCUGCUCGUCUUGCCCAUUGUACGGGGAAACAGUAGCGGCGGCUCCUCAUCGCUGGCUGCCAGAAGCUGCAUUUUAACACGCCCCGAAGAUUGCACCGCCCUCAUUGGUGGUCAUGUGCGGCUAAGCGUGCGCUACGACCCCUUACCGGGCUCCCAAGUCAUCUGGUACAAGGCGUGCCGUGCCAUUGUUGAGGGCUCCAAUGUGACAAUCCGUACAAGCGCUCAGCAGUCGACGCUCUACAUAACGGACAUCUCGGCCGAUGACAGCGGCAAGUACACGGUGGAAAUAAUGAAUGACUACGGCGUGGAGGCGGCAGCCGCCUCGGUGGCCGUUGAGGGACCACCAGAGCCACCCAGCGGACAGCCGAGUGUAUCCCUUGGUCCCGAUCGCAUGGCCGUGGCCUGGUGUGGACCACCCUACGAUGGCGGCUGCAUGAUCACGGGCUUCAUCAUUGAAAUGCAGAGCUGCGAUCCCGCGGACUGUGAUAAGGCGAAUGAAGAUGAGGAAUGGCAGCAGGUGGCACGCGUUGUGGACACCCUGGCCUACACCGUCAAGGAUCUGCAGCCUCAGAUGCAGUACAGAUUUCGCGUGCGGGCCGAGAACAUACACGGACGCAGUGCGCCCAGCCAGCCCAGCGAACUGGUGCAGAUGAGCAGCAGCCAGCACGAGGCCAGGAAGGCGGGGGAGACAGCCAGCGUGGACUAUGGACAGGCGGUGAGUGUGCAGUCUGGCGGAGACUUCAAGGCACGCUUCGAGAUCAUCGAGGAGCUGGGCAAGGGACGCUUCGGCAUCGUGUACAAGGUGCAGGAGCGUGAUCAGCCGCAACAGCUGCUCGCCGCCAAGGUGAUCAAGUGCAUCAAGUCGCGCGAUCGCCAAAAGGUGCUCGAGGAGAUCUCCAUCAUGGGUUCGCUGCAGCAUCCCAAACUCCUGCAGCUGGCCGCCUCCUUCGAGAGUCCACGAGAGAUUGUCAUGGUGAUGGAAUAUAUCACAGGCGGCGAGCUAUUCGAGCGUGUGGUGGCCGAUGACUUUACCCUCACGGAGCUGGACUGCAUUCUGUUUCUGCGGCAGGUGUGCGAGGGCGUCGCCUACAUGCACAGUCAGAGCGUUGUCCACCUGGACCUGAAGCCGGAGAAUAUCAUGUGCCAUACACGAACCAGCCACCAGAUCAAGAUCAUUGACUUUGGCCUGGCCCAGCGACUAGACACGAAGGCGCCCGUCCGCGUGCUCUUCGGCACACCAGAAUUUAUACCCCCAGAGAUCAUUAGCUACGAGCCCAUCGACUUUAAGUCGGACAUGUGGAGCGUGGGCGUCAUUUGCUAUGUGCUGCUCUCUGGCCUUUCGCCCUUCAUGGGCGACACCGAUGUGGAGACCUUUUCGAAUAUCACCAGAGCGGACUACGACUACGACGACGAUGCCUUUGACUGCGUUUCGCAGGAGGCCAAGGACUUUAUCUCGCAGCUGCUGGUGCACCGCAAGGAGGAGCGCCUGACUGCCAAGCAGUGCCUGGAAUCCGAGUGGCUGUGCCAGCGCCACGAUGACAAUCUCAGCAACAACAAGAUUUGCACGGACAAGCUCAAGAAGUUUAUCAUUCGACGCAAGUGGCAGAAAACGGGAAAUGCCAUUCGCGCCCUCGGACGCAUGGCCACACUGUCCGCAUCGCGAAGGAACUCAGCCAUUGCCAUGGGCGCGCUGAACAGUCCGCGACCCUCCAUCUCGGGCCUGGGCAUGCUGAAUGCCGCCAGCGCACUGGUCAGCCCCGUGAGCACGCAAAUGUCAUCGCUGCAUGAGGAGGAGGAUGACUUUAGUGUGGAGAUGCCGCACGUGGAGAAGCGGUAUGCCCACGGAGCCCUGAAGCUGCGCGACAAGUCGCAGUGCAGCGAGCGCAGCGAUUCGGGCUACAGCGAAUGCUCCAACUGCAGUCUCGGGGCCACAGGCGUGGGUGCGCAGGAGACGCUGCUGCUGUCACUGGCCAAAUCCAAGCUGGAACAGAUUGCCAAGGCGACCAUUAGUCCGCUGCCAGUGGUCCUGGACACACACGAGAGUCCCAUCAGUCUGGAGCUGCCUGCCAAAGGCGAGGCCAUAAUGCGUUCCGACUUCACCAACACCAUAAAGAUGCGCAAAAAGUCACUGGAGGACAGUGCGGCGCGCGAGAAACCAAAACUGCAUGCCAAACCGCUGUGCGAGUCCUCCAAAAUAAAGGUUUCCCAGCUAAAGGACAAGUUCCAGCAGUCAAAAAUUGCUUCCGCUGCUGCUGCUAACAAACCCAAGCUUGCCCCAGAGCCCAACAAGAUCAGCAAAGUCGCCAGCGUGGGGCGUAUACCUCGAAAGGAGCCAGGGAAGAACGGAAGCAGCAGCAAAGCAGCAAAAUCCGCACAAACCCGAUCCAUGCCUAGUUCACCGCUGCCCCAGCGGGCUGCCACGCCAACGCGGCUGAUGAGCCAGCGUGUCCGCGAGGCUACCGAGCGUCUUUCCCAACAGCACACGGUGGCAAGCGCUCAACGGCAAAACAGCAAUGGCAAUGGCAAUGGGAAUGGGAACAGUAACGGUAAUGGAAACAGCAAUGGAAACGUCCCAGAGAGCAGCCGCGAGUCACGUGCGCGACGUCUCAUCAAUAGAUUCAACGAAACGAAACAGAUCACGUCCUAGAUUUAUGUCGCUUAAAUGCCGACACAAACAUAACUUUAUUACAUUAUUGCAGAAAACAAACCACAGGAGAAGAAACACUCUACGAAACACUCGAAUAUGAAAAUGAAUGCGAAUAGCGAUUGCGAUUGCGAUUGCGAUGGCGAACACGGGCUUAGAGCACCCUCAACCCACAGCUCACACAUCCCACAGCCACACCAUAAACACACAUAAUACACACACAUCCACGUCCACCCCACACAACUCUCUGAUCAGAUCAGGCAAUCCGACUAAACGGGUUCAAGCACUGUACUUAGGCUAGGAGGAAGCUAAAUAUUUAAAUUAUUGUAUCGAUUUAUAUACAUAUCUACUUAUUUACCGUACUAAUUAAAGUUAAUGUAACGAAAAA